AUGGAUCUACUAAAUGAUAUGAAAGACUGGUAUAACCACACGCUGGAAAAUGGAGAUGCCCGAGUACAAGGAUGGAUGUUCAUGCAAGGCCCUGGUUCGACCGUCACCAUCUGUUUGUCUUACGUGUACUUUGUUAAGGUACUCGGACCUUUCCUGAUGAAGAACCGGAGACCAUUAGUUUUGCACAGGGUUAUGCUACUUUAUAACUUCGUCAUGGUUUUCGCAAGUAUAUAUUUAUUUUAUAAGCUUGGAAUCCUUGGCUGGUUUGGAAAAUACAGCUAUACAUGUCAGCCUGUCGACUACUCAGACAAUCCUGAUGCGACAGAGAUGGUUCAUAUAACCUGGUGGUAUUACAUCUCUAAAUUUGUGGAAUUUUCAGAUACGAUUUUUUUCGUAUUGAGGAAGAAAUUCUCUCAUAUUUCAACACUACAUGUGAUACAUCAUGGAGUUAUGCCUAUUAGUGUGUGGUGGGGAGUCAAGUUCACUCCAGGUGGCCAUAGCACGUUUUUUGCCUUCGUCAAUAGUUUUGUCCACAUCAUCAUGUACAUCUAUUAUGGUCUGGCAGCUGCAGGACCCCAAAUGCAAAAGUACCUGUGGUGGAAAAAGUACAUGACAACCAUUCAGAUGAUUCAGUUUAUCGCGAUUUUUCUCCACGCUUUCCAACUUUUGUUCCGCGAGUGUGACUAUCCAAAAGGUUUUAUGUGGUUUAUUGGCUUCCAUGCUGUCCUUUUUUGGUUCCUUUUUUGGGAUUUCUACAAAAAAGCCUAUAAGAAACCUGGAUCUCGUUUCAAAAAAUGUGAAAACGACUCGUGUGAUGAAAGUUUAAAAAGCAACAAUAUCAGAAAUACCAAUGGCGUCCACAAGAAGGAAAUGAAAAUCCAUGAAAAUGGUGCGAAUACAAAAAAUGGAAUAAAGGUGAUGAAGGAAGCGUGA